AUGCACUAUGAUUUCUUCUUGACAAACAUAAAGAAUCUUACCGAAAUAAAGAUGUAUGAUUUAACAGAAUAUGAAGGCUUAACGAUGUCAGAUGUUAAGAAAGGCAAACCAAAAAAGAGACCAUAUAGAGAUGAAAGCACACUGACAGAAAGACAGAAAAGAUUAUUGAACAGACUUAAACAAACAGGAGAUAAACAAGAUAUAGAUGACUUCUGGAAUGAAAUCCUUGGUGAAAAGAAGUUUUAUAAGAAGAGAAGCGGUCAGUUCUGGAAGUAUCUUUGCACAUUACCUAUAAAUCUUGAACGCUACCAAAUUUUCAAUGAAUUGAACAAAAGAACUGCAACACUUAUGACAGAAGACAAUUGUUUCGUUUAUGCUUGCAUUCAGGCUGGAGUAGAUGGAGAGACUAUUGACCACAUGAGAGAAGUCAUUCGUGUUAGAGACUUUCCUCAAAGUAAAGUACAAGAAAUUUCUGACGCAACAGGUAUAGCAUUUAAUGUUACCAUUGGUUACUUCAAUGACUCAAGACAUAAUGAAAUAAAGAGAUAUAUACCGAAAGAAUGUGAAACUGUUAGAACUAUUGACUUACUUCUUGUUGAAGACCACUACAUGCUAAACGAAAGAUUACCAAUGACAACAUAUUUCAUUCGCAACUAUAUAGAAAUCUUGAAGGAGUGUGGUGGAAUGAACAAUGAGAAACAGAUGAAGAUUUAUACAAAGAGAGAAGAUAAAUAUGUAGUUCGCAUGGAUAGAACAACACCGUUAUGGGAUGUUAUGAAAACAUUGUGGGAGUGCAAAUAUUUCGAACCUAUUUCUUAUGGAGAACUUUUCACAUAUACUACUGACUUAUAUAAACAGAACCUUGCACCAUUUAAAGAUUUGACAUAUGCUCCAAAGUAUUGUGUACAACUGAAGAAGAAAGCCGAGUCAAAAGAAGUAAAUAAAAAUAAGUGCAAGUUCAUUCCUGAGCACGUUUUCUUUGCUGACUUUGAGUGUAGUACAGACGGCUUUCAUAAAGCUUUUAACAUAUGUUACGACAGUGAAGAUGGUUCAGUGAGUGAAAGCAUUUGGGGUCAGAACUGUGCAACAGAAUUUUUGGAACGACUUCCUGACAAGAGUUUAAUAUAUUUCCAUAACCUCAGUUAUGAUAUAAACUUCAUCUUAAGACACAUGACAGAA